AGCAGAAGAAACUUGUACUGUAUAUAUAUGGGAGCAAACAUAAUUUAGGUUUCAUGUGCAAUAAUUGAAGAAUGGUUUUUAAACACCAUGGGAAGCCUCAAAAAUUUUAUACAAUUUUUGAGGCUUAAACUGACAACAAACAGAGAGUCAGUUUAAGAGUAGAUGCCUGUCACCAAACAGUCAUUUAAAUGACCUUAAUAAUGUAACACAGCAACCAAACACGCUUUACUCUGAUAAACACUGUGAUCUCCAUUCCUCCUAAAACGGGAUUGGUUCUUCUCUGCGCAUAAUAUAAUUAUGUUUGCGACAGCUUCAAUCUGAUUGGUGGACUGUGUUGUCUUUUAACGUUAGGGGCGUGACAAACUGUUCACGUAGCGUAGUGAGAGUUGAGGAGCUGAAGUUUAGCUGAUCUUUAGAGAAGAGAAAUGGAUUAAAACCACUGAUCUAUAUAUAGAUCAGUGAUUCAAACUUUGUCCUUGAAAAACCGUUGAUUCAAAUAAAUGCGCUCUAAAAAAAAAAAAAAAUAAACCUUAGAAGCGGCUAUUUAACAUCCCUUCCUGUCGCUGAUUUUUAAUAUCUGAUAACCAUAAAACAGUUUAACUGAAACGGAAGGACAAAAUGGUGAAUAUGCAGACAACAAGGCCACAACAGGCCUAACUGCCUUGAUCGAGGAUGGGAAACUCUGAGAGCCAGUAUAGCAUCCAGGACUCUAGAAGCAAUAGUUCUAACAUCCCUGGUAGACACAAACCUUAUUCUUUCAAGGGCCAUUCUGCCAAAGAAGAUAUUUUAUCACCUCUAGGCUUUUGGAAUGCUUGUUCAGGAUAUUCUGGAUUGAAGCCCAGAAACAUAGGGCGUGGCUCCUCCCCAUCAAAGAGCAACCGCACCUUUAUGUCCCGUCAAUAUGACUACAUCACCCAUAAACUAAAGAGUGGUGCCAAUAGUCAGUGGAAUGGGGUUGCUGAGGACUUGUUGCCUGGUGGCUGCUUGACAUUGCCUUCUGAAAAUGGCUGCUUAUAUGGUUGUCACAAGGAGAAAAGGAACCCUUGUACUAAUUAUGCUAACACAAUGAAGAUGCUAGAGAAAAGUCCCAGGCUUGCGGAAAUUGAGGAUCAGAGAAUCCCCAGAGUCGUUAUAAAGAAAGAUGGUAGUGUACGAGUGGAAUUCCACAACAGUUCCAUCAGCCCCCUUAUUUUGGAUGAUUGCACUGGACCAGUUCAGCUCCUCAAGUUUUCCCCCACCUUAGAGUCCAAUUCUAGAAUAUCUGGUGUAACACCAUCAUUACAAGCCCAUUUUGGAGCUCCACAGGCAGUUGCCAGCUUCAAGAGCAGUAAAGGUAGCUCUCUGAGCUCAGAUGGCUCCUUGUAUGACUUGCCCUGGGGGACUAGUGUUGAACUUCACGAUUCAGACAAUGGAUCCCCUAACAGCCAAAGUAUUCCAACAAAAGUGGGUUUUCUUGCUGAGCAGUUGCCUGCCAUUACUACAGCUGACCUCUACAGGGAUCCCAGAAUUGCUGCCACCUUCCCCACAGUUAAGGAUUUGCAGUCCUCAAAUAAUAGCCAUUUUAAGCACAGGUCCUCCUUUGUGUCCGUGAUGGAGGAACUCGGGUCAGAGGAGGGCCCAGAGGAAAAGCAAUAUCGCUCCUUCACCCUACCUAGCCAGAAACCAAAGACUUUUCUAGACAAUAAUGGAAAGAAAGUGUCCAUCAGGAACAGAUUUAGGCGUAUUAGUGACUGGACUGGAAGUUUGGCCAGGAAAAAAAGGAAGUUUCAGGAGCCGAGAUCCAAUGAGCCUGUCGAUUGCUUUGAUAGUGGCGUGGAUGGACUCACUGCCGAUACCAGUUCUCCCUCUCAAGUCUCCAGCUUUCUGACAGUUCCAAACGGCAUGCCUCAAACCCGCUCUCACUCUCUGUCACUGAAUACCCACAGCAGCUCUGCCGGUGCCCUUCAUUUGGGUACCGAUAUUUUGCGGCAAAACAUCUACAAGAACUUCAUGAGGGAGCUGAAAACUCCAGCAGAAUGUGGACGAGAAGAUUGGCACGAGAGCUCCUCAGAUGAAACAGAGAGCAGUAGUCAAGAAAUCCUUGGGUGUCUAGAGCAGCUGGACUUGCUGUUUGAAAAAGAAAAGGGUGUAGUUAGGCGAGCCGGAUGGCUCUCCUUCAAGCCCUUGCUCACUGUACACAAGGACUGCAAAUUAGAGCUAGUGGGCCUUCGAAAAUGGAAACAAUUCUGGGUCACUCUAAAAGGCUGCACAAUGCUGUUCUAUGAGACCUAUGGAAAAGCCUCUUCAGAACCAGAGUCUCCAUGCUAUGCCUUGUUAGCAGAGGAUGGUGUAGUCCAGGCAGUUCCUGAGCACCCCAAGAAAGAGAACGUGUUCUGCCUCAGUAAUGCCUAUGGUGAUGUCUACCUUUUUCAGACCUCCAACCAGACUGACCUCGAGAACUGGGUAACUGCCAUUCAUUCAGCUAGCGCAUCUUUAUUUGCGAAACGCUACGGGAAGGAGGACACACUGCGCUUGUUACGUGGACAAAUCCGCAGUCUUCUCCAGAAGAUCGACAUGGACUGCAAGAUGAGGAAAAUGGCAGAGCUGCAGUUGUCAAUUGUUGGUGACCCCAAAAAUAGAAAGGCUAUUGAAAACCAGAUCCAACAGUGGGAACAGAAUCUUGAGCGCUUCAACAUGGACCUUUUCCGCAUGCGCUGCUACCUGGCCAGUUUGCAAGGUGGAGAGUUACCCAACCCCAAGAGCCUGCUAGCCACGGCCAGCCGCCCGACCAAAGCUGCACUUGCCCGUCUGGGAUUCUUCUCCGUUUCCUCCUUCCAUGCAUUGAUCUGUUCCAGAGAUGAAGCCACUAUGCGAAAGCGUUCUCUGUCUCUGUCCCACCAUGGUCACAGUAAGAAAGGGGUCUUUUCCUCCCUCAAGGGCCUGGAUACUCUUACCAAACGAGGUCAUGAAAAAAAGCCUUCAGUCUCAAAGGUUUUUGACACUGACGGUGAAGGGCAUCUAAAUACUAUUCCUCCUUGUAGUUUUGAGUGGUUAGGUAGUUUGGCUAAUGUUUACUCAAUCGUGCCACCUGAAGGCAGCCAGUGGGAUUGCAGCCAGGAAAACACAACAUGCAUCUAUAUGCCGAAUUACCAGACUGUUACUGUUCAUCUGAAACCUCAUCACACCAUCAAGGAUGUCUUGGCUGAGACCUGCAGGUUCAUGGGCCUGGACCCUAGCCUACACUGCUUAAGGCUGAGAAGAUCUGUAGGAGACAGGAUGGAGGUAUCAACUCCAUCAGCUGAUGAGCUCCUGCAGGACUUGUCAUAUGACGAAUUGGAGGUCAGCCAGCUAGAUGUCUACACCCUGCACAUGUCUAGGCCUAGUCUAACUAGAGACUUUGGCUUUGCUGUAACAGGCUAUGUAGACAACCUGAAAAACAGCCGUAUCGUUGUUAGAGAAGUUCUCCCUGAUGGGGUUGCUAUCAGCGAAGGUCUGAGGCCCGGUGAUGAGAUCAUGGUUGUAAAUGGUUGUGAGGUGUCUUCUCUGGACCUGGCUUUGAUAAAGACUUUAUUCAACGAUCAGAGUCUGCAACUGACUGUGAAACGCCAUCCACCCUCCAUUCAGCACAAUAGAGAUACAGCAAACACACAGUCUCUGCACAGGGUUAACCUCCAAAGGCACCAAAGAGCCAAGUCCUCAACAGAUGUAUCCUGUGUGGCAGAAAACCUAGGCUUGGCUGUAGAUGAUGGUCUUCAGAAUCAAUACCACAACCAUCGAACAGUUCAGCACAGCAAGAGUGUGGACACAGUGUGCUCGCUGUACCACUCCUUCCAGGAAGGCUCUGGUCUGAUGGAGGGCCAGCAGGAGCAAACAGGGCCAGAGGCCCCCAUGCUCAGGCCCUGUCCACGUCAUAUGUCUGCCACAGAGAGACUACGCAAGGUCAUCCAGGAAUUAGUGAACACAGAGGAAUCCUAUGUAAAGGACCUGAACUGCCUCUUCGAAAUUUACCUGAAGCCCUUGCAAAAGGAGACCUUUCUCACCCGAGACGAGAUGGAAAGUCUAUUUGGUAGCCUUCCAGAGAUGCUGGACUUCCAGAAAGUUUUCCUGCAGACCCUGGAGGAGAAGAUUAGUUCCUUCCCCAACUUGAGCACGCUUGAGACCCCUGUACAAUUCAAGAAGCUGCUCUUCUCAUUGGGUGGUUCAUUUUUGUAUUAUGCAGAGCACUUCAAGCUUUACAGUGGCUUUUGCGCCAACCAUAUUAAAGUGCAGAAGGUUCUGGAAAGAGCUAAAACAGAUCGAUCCUUUAAGGAGUUCCUUGAUUCAAGGAAUCCAACCAAGCAACACUCAACCACACUAGAGUCCUACCUAAUCAAACCGGUUCAAAGAGUACUGAAAUACCCCCUGCUGCUCCGCGAGCUGGUGUCUCUAACGGACACAGACAGUGAGGAACACUACCACCUCACAGAGGCACUGAAAGAAAUGGAAAAAGUUGCAAGCCACAUAAAUGAAAUGCAGAAGAUCUAUGAAGACUACGGUGCAGUAUUUGAGCAGCUGGUAGCAGAGCAAAGUGGUACUGAGAAAGAGGUCACAGAGAUUUCUAUGGGACAGUUCCUCAUUCAUUCCUCAGUGAUCUGGCACAACCCGUUCCCAUCGCUGGGCCGUAUGAAAAAGGAUCCUGAUUUAAAUGUUUUUGUUUUUAAGAGAGCUGUGAUACUGUUGUACAGGGAGAACAACAAAGUGAGAAAGAAGAUGCCAACUUCAAAAUCAGCCCAUGGAGAGCAGGAUCCAUUCAAGUUUCGCUGGCUCAUUCCCCUGUCAGCACUACAGGUUAGACUGGGAAAUACAGCAGAUACAGACUGCAUCUGGGAGCUCAUCCACACCAAAUCACAGAAAGAGGGCAGGCCUGAGAUGGUGUUCCAUUUGUGUAGCAGCACCCCAGAAUGCAAAGUGAAUAUCAUCAAGGUGAUUCGCUCUAUCCUACGGGAGAACUUGCGUCAAAACAUGCAAAGAGUUGAGCAACAGCCUGAGAGAACAUGUAAAAAGCGACUAACUCCCCUUCGAAAAACUCUGCCAGCUUCUGCUAGGCUAGGUUCUUCCCGAGCAUUUCUGCUCUCCAAGCAGCCUUCAAAUAACAGUUCCUACCCCAGCAAUGAUCCUCUGAGGCUGUGUCUACCAGAUUCAGAUUCAGCCAGUGUAAGCAGUGGAGCCACCAGCAGUGCCAGCGCUCCUGUGGAUCAGCCGUCACGCCCGCACCAGAGUGGCCUCAAAGAAUCCAACAUCAUCAGUGACAAGGACAAUGAGACCAAUGACCAGCAGUCGCAAGACUGUCCCAGUGCAAUCGAGGCCCAGUUCUGCAGGCUUCGGCUGACCGAAGAGGCCUCCCAGGCACCUGCUCCCCAUGUGCAUCCAGAGAGCGAAGAAGUGGACACUCCAGAAAGGCAGUCUGCUAUAAAGCGAGCUCACUUCAGCGCGAUAAAACGCAAGUCUGGCAGAGGCACGAGUAGCCUCAGACGCAGCCAGGUAGCCCUACUGAACAUGCGUCGACAUAGCCACUCUUUGGACAGCCAGACUGAGGCAAUGGCAAAUAGCGUGGACCUUAACUCGCUUCUGGAGAAGGAUUUCAGCGUGCAGAGCCUGACCUCUGUUGUCAAUGAGGACUUCUUCUAUGACAACACCGUGGAGGCAAAAAACGGGACUACUUCAUAGUGUCUAUCACCUGGCCACCACAGAACAAAGUUUAGCAUGGCUUCAGAGCCUAUAUGCUUGACCUGGUGUUGAGCCACAUUAUCCCAUGCAGCCUGUCUAAAGUUAUUAGUCAAUUCAGGGAAGCAACUGAGGCCAGAAAAUUCAUUUUCACCUUUUGUGGAACCACAGUUCGACAGACCUUCAUUCAGAAUGGUGUUGAGCAUUUCAUAAUUCUCCAUGAUCCACAGCACUGAUUCACUGAACUGGCCACAUAACAACUGUUUGCACCAGAGAACCAAAUUACCUGCCUUUACUCUGCUUAAAUGGCAUCCUGAUGCAAAACUAAGACCAGUCUGCUCUCCCACACAAACAUACGAAAAGCUGUCCAACUAUCCAAGAACCAAAUUCUGUUAGGUUUUAAAUUUUGCCUUGUGCUUUGGACACUACAUAUGCUUAUUGCUUUAAAUCUAAGCAUUGCUUCUAUCUUUGUCAUGGGUUUGCUUUGUAUAAAACAUUUUAUUUAUUAGCAGGUUUCUUUUUACAUUUUUUUAAUAGGAAUCCAAAAUGGUUUAAGACUUUGGAAGGAGCUCUUAACAGAAAAACUACCCAUACCCAGUGCUUUAUUUGAGCUGGAACAAGGCUGAUCCCCCUCCUCAUGCACCAGUUAAAGACGCUCCUGCAUGUAUAAUAUGGUUAUGUCAAUAACUUUAUCCCCUUAUAUGAAAUAAUAAAUAAAAGUAAGAAAUUAAAUAUGCGUGUCAUCCAUGCCAGGUUUUGUGGGUUUUAUUUCCACUGUAAUAAACUACUGUAAUUGGUGGAUACUGAUUUGUGUGUGAGGGGAGAGGAAGCUUACUUAAUUGGGAAUGUAGAACAAUGCAAAUUCUUCUUCUUUGUUUGUUUACAAAAAAAAUAAAAAAAAUUACUUCAUAAACAGAUAAUUAAAUCCUCAAAACUUAAAAUAUUCCACACAAACAGGUAUACAGGAAAAUUGCUUUUACAUUAAAGAGUUCUACAACGAAUUUUAAUACAACAAAUUUUAGCAUUUAAAUAUAUAUACAAAAUUUGUUACAUUUAAACUUGUUUAACAAGCAUUUUAGAAGUAAAAAUUACUCAUUUAAUCUUUGCGAAAAGACUGAUGCGAUUUGUUUAGGUGACUGACAUCGUUGUUUUGCAUAAAAUAAAAUCAUUUACAGCAAAGAAACUGUUUUACAGAUUAAAUAAAACACACAAACCUAUAUUUUACCAAAGAAAUGCAAGUUGCAUUUCUUGAGAACCUCUCAUCUGGAGAGGAUGCUAAAUAUCCAUGCUCAUUACAACUGCUGCGUUGUUGUGACUGUCCUGUCCCCAGAGCUGGGUUACACAAAAACUACCCAAACACUAAAAACAGUUUGGGUUGAAAUAAAAGAAAUAUGCCACUUAAAAAUAAUAUAUAUAUAUAUAUAUAUAUAUAUAUAUAUAUAUAUAUAUAUAUAUAUAUAUAUAUAUAUAUAUAUAUAUAUAUAUAUAAAUUGAAAUAAAAUAACCCCUGAUUUUUUUUGAGUACAUGCACACACUAGAAAAGCAACUGUUGCAAGCUGUUAAUCACUUAAGUUGGUUCACCAAAGCUCCGUUACCUAUCCCUCCCUAUCCCUCCUCUUGCCGGGUCUUUCACCCUGCUUUAUUCCAGGCCCUUGCAAUUUACAAAUUAAGCACUGCACAUACUGUUGUUACAAGGUCACAUGGUCAGCUGUAAAUGUUCAAUCAGGAAUUUAUAUGUGCUGUGCUGAAAUUAAGCCUGCAGUUGUCUUUUUUUUUUUUUUUUUUUAUGUUUAAAUGUGUAAAUAGUAUUUUUUUCAUGGGUCACUGUAACUUAAUUUUAAGAGUUUAUAUACUUUUAACACUUCACAGUCAAAAACUAUAAUAAAAAGGUGUCUGAUUUCA